AGAAUUCUUAAACUAUUUUCUAAAUGACUAUUCUUUGCGAACUUUUUGACUAACAGCCUGAAGAGAAAGACAUGCGUGUGACGGUGAGUCGAGUCCUUAGUGAAAUGAACUGUUGUGCACGAUGUGUUCUACGUCUGCUUGGAGAGCGGAACAUCUCAUUAUACGGAAACCCUGAGCAGACAGAUGUUAAGAGAACAUGUGUAGCUUGUCUUGGUAUCUUGGAAAAGAGCAACCAAAAUACUUACAUUUACAAGAUUCAAUCCUCAGUCAAAGCUUCUGAACACCAGUUUGAGAACUUUAUGUUUACCAUUUCUUUGCCGCAUUCCAUAAUUCUUCGGCAGGUGUGGUUUCUUAGGGCAGACAAUAUUUCAAAAUUGUUAAAUUUUUCUUGUUUGCUGAUUGCUGUUAAUUUUGGUUUGAAUCUUUCUUUCAGAGUGGCGAACUGUCCUCCAGACUCACCCCAGUCUCCUAGCGAGCUCUCAGAGAUUACAUGCGCUCAUGACUCUAUUUAUGUGGCAGGAAGAUACAACAAGUAUUCACGAGUCCUUUCUCAGACUCCUUGGUUAAUCAACAAUGUUCGACGCUGUGAAUCGUCAGUACAGGAAAAAAUAUGUGAUCGGAUCACAGCAAAGAUAAAACCUGACGAUCAUAAAUUCGCAUCCGCUGGACGAGAGGACAUUGAUGUGCGCAUGCUCGGUAAUGGAAGACCAUUUCUGGUUGAGUUAAUCAAUCCUCGAGUGACCUAUCUAAGCGAACAAUUCUUCACUGAUCUCCAGCGCGAAAUCAACUCUUCUUCAGAGGACGUUGCUAUCAGAGAUCUACAGCAAGUCACCAAGGAGCAGUGUCUCGUUCUAAAAGAUGCAGAGACCAACAAAACUAAAACGUACAAGGCAUUAAUAUGGACAGAGGAAGAAGUCUCUGAAGAACAGCUUCAUAAACUAGCUGAUAUGAAGGAUGUAAAGAUAUUCCAGAAAACUCCCCUUCGUGUCUUGCACAGACGUCCUUUGGCUGUACGAGAGCGAUGUGUUUACAGUAUGACACCCGAGCGGCUCGACUCUCAUUCGUUUAAUCUCUUUCUCAAGACUCAGGCGGGAACUUAUGUUAAGGAGUUUGUUCAUGGAGACUUUGGAAGGACAAAACCUAACUUGGGAAAUUUGUUAAACAGUGAGACUGAUAUUUUACAACUAGAUGUGGAGGUAGGUGGUGAAAUUUUGUCAAAGACUGCCUUAGCAGUGUAUAUGGGUUAUUGACCAGACGUGAGGUCAAGAUAGCUGGAUAAUGGAAAAGUUCUUUUUUUGCGUGUCCAUGGACCGAGACGGAGUCCAGGUCCUUAAACACCCCCAAAAAAGAACGAGACCAAUAUUCAGCCCGCUCAGGUAGUCGAUCACAGCGCAGGAUUCGGUUUAUAUUGCUCGCUCGCGGG